AAGUUUCGUAAAAGAAAAAGAAAGUACUAGAAGAAGGAACCUUUCUUUACUCACAAAUAUAAGCGAAAAAACCAAAGGGCCAAAACCUUGUCUUGUUCCAUUGCAGUUUCUCUUACACAUUAUCAUCAUUAUUACCGGUUUGCUGUUUUUCUAGGGUUUUUCAAUCUAUACUUCUUCUCACUAAUCAUGAGUCGUCAUCCAGAGGUAAAGUGGGCUGAAAGAGCUGACAAGGUUUACAUUACGGUGCUAUUACCGGAUUCGAAGAAUGCGAAGGUCAAUCUUGAACCCGAGGGAGUGUUUACUCUUUCGGCUAAUGCCGGAGCUGACAAUAACCUUUAUGAAUUGAAGUUGGAUCUUUAUGAUAAGGUCAAUGUGGAGGAAAGCAAAAUUAGUAUAGGAGUCCGGAACAUAGUUUGUGUGUUGGAGAAAGCCGAGAAAGUGUGGUGGAAAAAACUAUUGCGCAGCGAAGGCAAGGCCCCCCAUUAUAUUAAAGUGGAUUGGGACAAAUGGGUCGAUGAAGAUGAAGACAAUGGUCCUGGUGAUAUUGACUUGGGAGGAAUGGACUUCUCGAGCUUUGGCAAUAUGGGAGGCAUGGAUGGCGGUGGCAUGGAUGAGUUUGAGGACAGCAGUGACGAUGAAGAGCAAGAAGUGACGAAGCCAGCUGAGCAAGACAUGAACAAGGCAGAUGGAAAUGCUAAGCCGGAGGAGCAAGGUGCCGGGACUAUGGAAAAGAAGGAAACCGAUGCAAGCACAUGAUGUGAUUGUUAGCUGCCCGAUAUAACAAUAAAUUCUAGUAAAAACCUAUAAUUAUCAAAAGUGUGCUGUUUGUAUGAACUGAUUGAGGGCAUAAUUCAAGGUUCUAUGGUUACAAUUUAGAAAUGAGAUUUUCGAUUUCAUCUUCGUGUUGGGAUUAUUUUAGUACGAUGAUUAUAACCUAAGCAGACUUUCGUGUUUGUGAA